UGACUCGAUGAACAGUCAACUCAGUAUCCUAAACAUCCACCCUCCCAAGAAGAAGGGACAGAAAGAAAGAACUCUUUGUCAGAAAGCCUUGGGUGUCCCAUGAACGAGACAGAGGAAAACCGGUUGGAGCACAGCAAGACUCCAGAGCCAGCUGUCAGGCUCAGGAAAGGGCACCAGCUCGAUGGCGCGAGGAGCUGUGACAGUGGCGUCCACCACGGAGGUCGGGAGCCUCUCGUAGCGGCGUCUGUCCUUUCUUCCUAUCAUAAAAAAAGCGUGGAGGAGCGUGAGUGCGAUGAUGGAGCAUCUCAGGAAGAUGAGGGGUUCAUGGGCAUGUCCCCCCUCCUGCAAGCCCACCAUGCCAUGGAGAGGAUGGAAGAGUUUGUUUGUAAGGUCUGGGAGGGUCGAUGGCGAGUGAUCCCUCACGACGUGCUACCUGAGUGGCUCAAGGAUAACGACUUCCUCCUGCAUGGACACCGGCCCCCCAUGCCUUCUUUCCGGGCCUGUUUUAAGAGCAUUUUCAGAAUACACACCGAGACAGGCAACAUCUGGACACAUCUCUUGGGUUGUGUGUUCUUCCUGUGCCUGGGGAUCUUUUAUAUGUUUCGCCCCAACAUCUCCUUUGUGGCCCCCCUGCAGGAAAAGGUGGUCUUUGGAUUAUUCUUCCUGGGGGCCAUUCUCUGCCUUUCUUUCUCAUGGCUGUUCCACACAGUCUACUGCCACUCAGAAGGGGUCUCCCGGAUCUUCUCCAAACUGGAUUACUCUGGUAUUGCUCUUCUGAUUAUGGGAAGUUUUGUUCCUUGGCUUUAUUACUCCUUCUACUGUAACCCGCAACCUUGCUUCAUCUACUUGAUUGUUAUCUGUGUUCUGGGCAUCGCAGCCAUCAUCGUCUCCCAGUGGGACAUGUUCGCCACCCCCCAGUACCGGGGCGUGAGAGCAGGAGUGUUUCUGGGCCUCGGCCUGAGCGGGAUCAUCCCCGCCUUGCACUACGUCAUCUCGGAGGGCUUCCUGAAGGCUGCCACCAUCGGGCAGAUCGGCUGGCUGUUGCUCAUGGCCGGCCUCUACAUCACGGGGGCGGCCCUGUACGCUGCCCGCAUCCCCGAGCGCUUCUUCCCCGGCAAGUGUGACAUCUGGUUUCACUCUCAUCAGCUGUUCCACAUCUUUGUGGUGGCUGGCGCGUUCGUCCACUUCCACGGGGUCUCCCUCCAGGAGUUCCGUUUCAUGGUCGGCGGAGGCUGCAGCGAAGAGGACGCACUGUGACAGCGGCCAGAGGCCGGGGACGGUGACCCCCACUGGCCCUAACGCCAGUGCCAGAGGAGCCCCACAGUGCGGGGCUUUGUGACGCCCCAGGGCUCCACGUGGUCCGCAACUGGGAAGAGAAAAAUAAAUCACACCUCACAGGUGGAGAAGACGCGAGAUGGCCCAGCCCUGCCUUGUUCUUGGGUCUGGCCGACGGAGGGCGCUCGCGCCGCGGGCACGCUGGCCUCUGUGCUUGUAGCCGGCGGGGCCGUCAGCCGGAGGCCCCUCCUCCUCCCUCCUCUCUCCUUAGAAACGGUGACACCGACCAGUGUUGGCGAACAUUUAUUAUGUCCUCCGAGGGGUGGCAGUGUGAUUUUAGAUGCCCUUUUGGGAGAACAAAGAAAUUAAUGUAAAUAAGAUUUCUAACUUACUGUUUAAAUAAAAAUUUAUAUAAAUG